AUGGUGGCUGGCCGUCGGUUUGACGGCACUCGAGUGGAAAAGAAGGGGCUGGGGAGCUUGCUCGAGCCCAUGUUCCAGAAUCGGGAUGACGAGGAUCGUGAACGGAGCCAAGAGGAAAUCAAAUGGAGAGUGCACGUCUCUCAAGUGCUGCGAGGACGAGUGCUCAUCUACACCGAGGGUGGUAGGCUGGGUCUCGUUCCCGGUAACUUGAUGGUCGGAUAUGAGGUGUGCGUGAUCCUAGGCUGCAGUGUCCCAGUUAUCAUGGCGGAAUUGAAUUACAUCGACGACACGGGAGCGAUGUCAUCAGAUCCUUCCCAUCACGGGAAGCCAAGCGGCCAUCAUAUUUUAUGGUGCGAGUGCUUCAUCGACGGCAUGAUGGAUGGGGAGAUGAUUGAAGAGUUGGGAGGCGAGGAAAACGGCCUGCGAAUGAUUCAUGGCGCCGAGGGUGUCGGGGAGGAUAGAACAUGGGGGUUAGGCGAGGGGAUUCAAAUGAGAGAGUUUCACAUUAUCUGA